GUGAGACAUCGUGAAGGAUAUUUAGUAAUUAUUACAGAUAAACAGAAAAUAUGGCUGCCCGAGGCAAAGUGCUGACUGAGGAGGAACUUGUGGAGACGAUGAACAAAUCUGGUUUCCUCUCAGUAAAUGAUAGCUCAGAUAGUGAGUGUGUUGAUGACCUGGAAGAAUUUAAAGAUAUUGAAAGUGAUGUGGAAGACAAUUUAGAGGCACAAACUCUCUAUGAUAGUGAUGAAGAUCGAGAGUAUGUGCCAGAGACUGACUCGGAAAGUGAUAGUGAAGGGGAAGAUCUUCAGAGAAGGAAGAUAAGGAGAAUGUUCACGUCCACACCAAGAAAAGGUCGUGCCUCUGCCACAACCUCUGCUGCUAUCCCUGCUGCCAGUACCUCUGCUGCUGUCCCUGCUGACCCUGCCACUAUCUCUACUGCUGCUGAUCCUGCCACAACCUCUGCUGCUGUCCCUGCUGCCAGUACCUCUGCUGCUGCUCCUGCCCCUGCAACUUCCGCUGCUGCUGCUGCUGCCACCCCUGCCAGGGGUGUACGGAGGGGAAGAGGCCUCCAGGAGGCUGAUGUUCCACCUGUCGUCGACUUCAACAGGACGACCAUUUCCUCCAGAAACAAUUUUAGGUGGAGCUGUCAACCUCAGCACAGUCAUGCACACAGGAGGUUGUCAAGAAACAUCAUGGGAAGAUAUACUCCAGGGCCAGCUCAUGAGGCAAGGGGUGUAGUUGACCCUGGGGAGGCAAUCAAACUUUUUGUGACUGAUGCCAUUGUUCAGGAAUGCGUCACCUGGACAAACAAACGCAUUCAACUUACUGCAGGAAGGAUGGCAACUCAAAGACAAGCAGGCACAUAUGGUCCUACAGAACCAAGAGAGAUAUUAGCACUCCUGGGAGUGCUAAUAGCAGCAGGGCAGCAGAGGGAUAACCAUCUCUCCCUUCUUGAGAUGUGGAGUGCCGUCACUGGGUGUCCCCUGUAUCGAGCAGCAAUGUCCAAGGGGAGGUUCGAGUUUCUGGUCUCCUGUCUGCGGUUUGACAACCCAGACACGCGUGUGGAGAGGCUGAAAGAGGACAAGUUUGCCCCUGUGAGGAAAGUGUGGGACAUGUUCAUCGACAACUGCAGGCUGUAUGUCCCACGCGAGAACCUCACUGUGGAUGAACAACUGUUGGGGUUUAGAGGGAAGUGCCCCUUCAGGAUGUACAUUCCCAACAAACCUGCAAAAUAUGGCAUCAAGCUCGUCCUCAUCUGUGACGCCAGCACCAAGUACAUGCUUGGUGGCAUACCCUACCUUGGCAAGCAGGGGACAAGGCCACGGGAUGGGGUCAACCUUGGUCAUUAUUUGACAAGAGAACUGACCAGGCCAUACCACGGCUCCAAUAGAAAUGUGACCACGGACAACUGGUUCACAUCAGUGCCUCUCAUUGUUGACCUCCUCAACAACUGUGGAAUGACACUUGCUGGCACAAUGAGAGCAAACAAGCCUGAAAUUCCCAGUGAGAUGAAGACCAAGGAAACAAGACUCCAUGGAUCAAGUGCCUUUCUGUUCACCAAUGCGAUGACGUUUGUGUCGUAUGUGGCAAAGACUUCACGAAGAAACAAGAAGAUGGUCCUACUCAUGUCAUCCCAGCACACCCAGCCUACCAUUGCACCAGGGGGCAAGCCAGAGAUCAUAGAACAGCCGCUCCCCCCUGGUACGCUGUUCUGA